AUGGCAACCGCGCUCUGCUCGCUCCGCUCCUUGGGCUGCGUCGCGCUGCGGCCCCGCGCCCGCCGCCUGCAUCUCAGCUCGCCCAGAGAUGAGGCAGUGGUGAUCUCGGGGAGGAAGCUGGCUCGGCAGAUCAGGCAGGAGGUCAGGCAGGAGGUGGAGCAGUUGGUUGCAGCCGGAAACAAGAGACCUCACCUCAGCGUCGUCCUGGUGGGUGAGAACCCAGCCAGCCACUCCUAUGUGCUGAACAAAACCAGAGCAGCUGCUGAUGUUGGAAUCAGCAGUGAAACCAUCCUCAGGCCAGCUUCCAUCACUGAAGAGGAGCUGCUGGAUCUGAUCAGCAAACUGAAUAACGAUGCUGAUGUGGAUGGCCUCCUGGUACAGCUUCCUCUGCCUGGACACAUCGAGGAGCGCCGGAUCUGCAACGCCGUCAGCCCGGACAAGGACGUCGACGGCUUCCACGUCAUCAACGUGGGCAGAAUGUGCCUGGACCAGGACUCCAUGCUGCCAGCCACCCCCUGGGGGGUCUGGGAGAUCAUCAAGAGAACUGGCAUCCCCACUCUGGGGAGGAACGUGGUGGUGGCUGGCAGGUCGAAGAAUGUGGGCAUGCCCAUCGCCAUGCUGCUGCACACCGACGGCAGGCAUGAGCGCCCCGGAGGAGAUGCCACAGUGACCAUCUCCCACCGCUACACUCCCAAGGAGCAGCUGAAGCAGCACACAAGCAGAGCUGACAUCGUGGUGGCAGCAGCAGGCAUCCCCAACCUGAUCACUGCUGACAUGAUCAAAGAAGGAGCUGCAGUUAUUGAUGUGGGCAUCACCAGAGUGCAGGAUCCCAUCACUGCCAAAGCCAAGCUGGUUGGGGAUGUGGAUUUUGAAGGGGUGAGGAAGAAAGCCAGCUUCAUCACCCCCGUGCCUGGGGGGGUUGGGCCCAUGACAGUGGCCAUGCUGAUGAAGAACACAAUCAUUGCUACCAAGAAGCUGCUGAAACCCAAAGAGCUGGAGGCAUUAAGUGCUUAA